CAGCGGCGGGCGCAGGUAGGCCGCUCCUGGCGGGCGCAUCCGCCGCCAUCCGCGCUGCCGGGGCCCGGCGCCGCGGAAGCCGGGGCUGGAGGGACGGUCCGGGCGCUGUGGGGUCGUGCCCCGAGGGGCGUGUGGCGGCGGGGUGUCCCCGGCCCGGGUGACUUGGGGCCUGCCCGUGGCGCCGGCCCCAGCGCGCUGCUGCUGCAGCCGAGCCUGGCGAGCGGGCGAGUGGUGUGCCUGGAGCCUUGGUCAGGUUUUCAGCAAGGUUAAAUGGUUGCUUUUCUUCCCCAGGGGAUCUGCGUGCUGUGCCAGCGCUGCAGAGACCUCGAAGGAUGCUGAGCUGCGACUUGGCAAACUGAAACAUGACUGAUACAGAUGAAUCCCAGUCUUCUGGCUCUGAUUACCCUGAUGCCCAAGGGCUGAUCAGCCCUCAGCAGAAGGAGCCAUCUGAGGUGUGUUUAUGGCAAAGGAAUACAGGAACAGAGCGGUCAAGGCAGAAGGUGGCUGCUUUUGGGGAGUCUUCAGAUCAUCCUGAGAGCACGUGUAAAUCACCAGCUGCUUCAGCUGAGGUUUUACUGAUCAGCAGUGAUUCAGAAAGUGAUGUCUCUGCUGCUCGUCCUGAGUGCUCCACUGCACCUUCAAAGCAGAAAAGGCAAUCUCAAUAUUCAAGGCAACAAGCUGAAUCUGUUAUAGAAGUACCUGACAAUGACAGCUCCUCAGAUUCUUCACUGUCUCCUCAAAGUCCAGGGAAAUCAUUAGAAGCUUCCAAGCAGCAAAAGUCAAAACUCAAUUUGAAGGCCAUUUUUGCCUAUCACUUCAGGGGAAGGAAGUUCAGAGCAGCUGCACACCGAAAAUACAAAAAGAACACAUGGAAGAGCAAGAAGAAAAAGUAUGAGAGCACACACAUGCCCACAGGGAGGCCCCCACUGACAGCAUCACCACAGGAACAAAAGAGGAGGCUCCUAGACAGAGGUUUUCAAUUCCCUUUUGUUGAAAAACAUUAUGGGAAGAAGCAUAUUCCCUUAAAGAUGGUUCUUGGCUAUGAGCAAGCAGCUGCAAAGGGAUAUUUCAAGUACAUUGAAGUGCUUAAAUAUGAAGAACAUCUUAAAAAAGCUUUGAAAGCCCUUCAGGCCAGUGAUGACUUAGAAAAAGAGUGUAUGGUGUUACGGAAACACAAAUACCUAGAUGAUGAAGGCCCCAUUUCUCCUAUUCAGGAGACAGAUGAUGAUGAGGAGAGCUUGAAUUCUGAUACUCAGGAACAACUUGAUGCCAGAGUAGUGGAGAACAGCUCUUUCAUUCUAAGCAGCACAAUUCCCAGUAAAAAAAAGUCAAAGCCAAGAAGAAAAUGUGCAAAACCACCUGAAGUGAUUGAAAUAGAGGAUGAAGAAGAUGGUGCUGAAGAGAGCUCUGUGCCUCUGCAGGGCUCACCUCGGUGAACAGCAGAUGGACCAGUGAGGUGGCAGUGGUCAUUGUUCAGAUACCUCUUUCUUGGGCCUGUUUGGUUUAAAACAUUGCUCUGGAAUCAGUGUUCAGCCCUCCACCCGGCUGCCUGUUUGGCUUUUUUUUCUGUUGCUUUUGGAAGAUGAAAUACCUCUUGGUUUUCUUGCUGCAUAAGGUGGAGACCUGCACUCGGAAGCACUUCAGGUUGGCACAGUGUCGGUUGUUCUGAGGAGUGUAUGUGAUUCUGAACUCUUCACCACAAUUACCUUGGUUUGAGCUACCACCUCUGGGACUGGACAGCGUGGAACUGUCAGGUUCUACUGCGAACAGGAAGUGUAUAGUCAGUUGGGAAGUAGCUUCAAAUGCUGUAGUAAAAAAAUGAAUGUGUUCAGUCUGUUCCAGCACUUGAUCAGGUUUUGUCUUUGGCUGUAGACAAAAACCUGGAACCUAGUGCUUAGAAAAAACCCUUCGUUUGCAACCCACAGCUGAUGAAUGUAUUGGUUGUGUUACAUUUAAGAAGGGACAAUAUAUUUGCAUGGCCACAAAUAGUAUUCAUUAAUUCGACUACUGAUCCAUCUAGAGUUUUGUGUUCUGAAUUUUCAGAAGUGUAGUUUGGUUGUAUCUUUCUUUGCAGAUGAGCACACUCACACUGCAGCAGCAGUUGUAACUACUUGGAGAUCUCUUGAAUUCUUAUGGCUGAGAUUCACAAAUCCUUUACUUCUUCGGACAUCUGUGCAACACAGUAGCAAAAGAGGGGCAUCCCUGUGAUGUGUGGAACAGAUUGGAAAGCCUCUACUCAAGUAUGAAGUGUAUCAUCAACAUUCAGCCAGUGUAAAUGGAUUUCUGUCUGCCUGGCUCCAUACUGGGAUAAAAGCACCCAAGUCUUGAUGAACAGCUAAAUGAGGAAACUUGAAAGUAUUACUUAGAUACAACAAUUUAUUUUAUUUUAGGAAAUGCACCUGAUGUCCCUUCUGAACUAGCAUCUUGGUACUUAGAGAAAAAAAGAGGAAGAAAUGCAGGCUGCCAUUUCACAGAAGUCUGAAGCUGCUUCAAGGAUGCUUGAGGAUACAGAAUGAAGUGAACUGCCCUGAGUUAAAAAGAUGGAAGCAACUUGUUUGACAGGGUCUGCCACCAAGUUGCUGCGUGUCAGAGGGAUAAGAAACACCAUGUGGGAGCUACCAGAGUGAGUGUGGAGAUCCUGCUGCUGUUGCUGCAAGCCUGCUCCAGUGAACUGCACAGCUGUUCCAAAUAAAGAACUUUCUCUAGA